ACUUAACCUAAAUUGGAUAAACUCUAGGAUUUCAGGAUGAGACUAGUGUGGUGCUAGCUUGGAAUCAGAUUAGCUUUUUAACAAAGAUUUAGGUAAGAAUAAAUCACGCAAACCUUAGUUUUUACUACUCGAUUUCUUGCAAUUCAAGAACUCAACUCUGGAGCUCAAAAGAGGAUCAAAAACCAAAAUCUAGCAAAUAAUGAUGUAUCAAAUAUUCAGACAGACUGUAAAUGUAUCCUCGUGUCAAUAAUUCGGUCGUGAAUUUUACAAAAAUAUUUAAACAGAUGAAUAAGCUACGCACCUACAUAUUUUGUCGCUAUUUCAUUCCUAUUCUCUUUUUUGUUGUUGUUGUAGGCUUCAAUAUCAUCAUUAUUAAUAUUUUAUAAAUUUGUAUAAAUUUUGAGAUGACUUUAUCAAGUACUUCAGUUUUAUUUUAGUAUCACUUAGAAAAGGUUGUGAAAUAAUUUAGAAUCUCCAUUUUAGGAGUAAAUAAUAAUUAUUGUGAAUUUAAAUUAUUUAUUUUAAAAAAGCCUUCAUCAAAAGUUUUAAAAGUCGAUCAAUAAAUUAGUCUAAAAUUUUUAUUACCAAAAAAUAAAUUCUUAAAAAAAUGUGGGAAAUUUUAAUAUUUUUCUCAAUAUCUCUGCCAUUCCCAUCACACUCUUAUUCCAUAUAUCAAGAUUCUUACUCAUCGUGGGCAUCAAAAUAUUACAUAAAUUUUAAAAACUCUACUGAACCUCCACCAUCUAAUGCCUAUCAACAUAACAUAGAUUUAAUCAAUGAACACAAUUCAAAAGAUGAUGAUUUUGAAGCUGGACUUAACAAGUUUUCCUACUUAUCAACUGAACAAUUUGUUGACAAUUUUUGUGGAACUGUUUUGCCAAAAAAGUUAUUAUUAAGUAAUCCAAAAUUAUUAUCAGCACGUAAACUUAAUAACUUUGAUGAAGAAGAUUUGCCAGAAUCAAUAAGUUGGAAAGAAUUUGCAUCUCCAUCAAGAGAUCAAGGAGAUGAAUGUGGAUCGUGUUGGGCAUUCUCAGUAAUGGCAUUGAUCGAAACCCAAAAUAGAAUCAGAAACUACAUGUGGAAUAAAUCUUUAGCGCCACAAUAUCUUGUUGAUUGUCAUAAAAAGAAAGAUAAAUGUAGAGGCGAGUGGCCAGCUGAUGCACUAAGAUUCCUCAAAUUUAAAUCCCGCAAUCAAGCACCAACUGAAGAGGAUUAUCCCUAUACUGGCGAAGAAGAUGAUUGCGAGAGUCAUGGAGUUCCAAAAGUUCCACUUAAUAUUAAAAAUAUCUACGAUUAUGACAUCGAGGCUGAUGAAAAUAAAUUGAAAUAUCAUUUAGCAAAUUAUGGGCCAAUAAUCAUCGCAAUGAAUGUCGACAGGAACUCUGGAUUGUUUCAGCAUUAUAAGAAAGGUGUUUUUUAUGAUGAAGGAUGCAUAAAGUCUGAUAAAGAUUGUAAAACUAUCAACCAUAGUAUGCUGCUGCUUGGAUAUGGAAUUACUGAGGAUAGCAAGAGGAAGCCUUACUUUUUGGUUCAAAAUUCUUGGGGCUCAGACUGGGGUGAAGAUGGCUUCAUCAGAAUGGCUAUGGGUAGAAGCAAUAAUUGCAAUAUUGCUUGUUAUGCAAUUUACGUAGACUACAGCUAGUAAUCAGCUUUAAAUAAUUAUCAUUUUUGAAUUUUAUAAAUUAUGUGAAAUAUAUUUUAUAUUAAGUUUAAAGAUCAAAGCAUUACAGAAAGCUGACCAUAAACUAAAAUCAAAAAGUUAAUUAAAUUCCAGCAAAUU